AUGGUCAAGAAACGCACCUACUUCCCCAUGGAAGAGGCUCCACUAAGCCGCGAGCUCAAUGUCGUCAUAGUUGAUACAUCAACUGACCUUAGACGGUUUCUCGCAAGCCUGAGGGCGAUUGAGAUGGACCCAGUUCCCUUGUUCAUCGAAUUCAAAGGGAUCAACGUUGGACGCAAAGGCACCUUGCUCAUAAUAUCGAUCUAUGUCCGCUCUGAAAAGACAAUCUACCUUAUCGACAUCCACACCCUAGGCGCAGAAGCCUUUCGUAUCCAAGACUCCACCGGAGCGACACUCAAGUCAAUCUUUGAAUGCACAGUCCUACGCAAAGCUGUAUUUGAUCUCCGCAAUGGCGCAGACAUAUUAUACAGCCAAUACGACGUUUCUAUGGGCGGAGUUGAAGAUAUUCAACUCAUGGAGUGGGCAACCAGGGAAGGCCCCAGAAAAUAUGUCAAGAUGCUGUCAACAUGUGUCCAAGAUGAUAGCUUCUUGUCCAUUGAGGAUAAGGCGCGUUGGAAGUUCAACGAUGAGUCUGGGAAAGAGCUUUUUUGGCCGGAAAGAUCUAGCGAAAUGUCUCACAAGCGGUUAAAAUGGGACACUCUUCCAGCCGAAAUCAAGGAUCACUGUGCAGAUUCAGUUAUGGUACUGCCGGGCCUGUUCAAUGUCUAUGCCACGAGACCCGAGCAAAAGGGCAGCUUCUGGUCGCCAAAUCUCCGUGCUGCUAUUAACACUCGCCUCAGCUACACCAAAGAGAAAGGGUUCGAUGUAUAUUGCAGAAGCAAUGUCUAUGGUCCUUGA